GGCCAGGACCCCAGAGCUGGAGAUGCUGCAGAACCUGCCAGCUGCAGCCCUGCCAACCGCCACCCCCCCCCACCCCCCGCCUCCUCCAGGGCUGGGUUUUUCCAGCCGGAGCCCCGCUCCCUCUACUGCAAGCUCUGGAAAUUGAUGUCUGACGCGGCUGCUCCUGCACGUUAUUUAUUUAUUUCCUCUCUUCUUCCCGCCGAGACGACCCUCCGGUCAGGAGAGCCGCAGCCGGGACGCGGCAGGGGCUGCGGAGGCAGGGAGCACGGAGGGCGGGACCACUCAGGAGCCCCCGGCCCGCCCCGAGGGGGCCAUGAGCAUCAGGCCGGAGGCCCCGCGGGCGGAGGGCGGCGGCGGGGACAGGGGCCGGGAGGCAGAGCUUCGGGGCCGAGCCCGGCUGAGCCAGCAGCGCCGGCUCAGACAGGCCACCCAGUUCCUGCACAAGGACUCGGCCGACCUGCUGCCCCUGGACGGCCUCAAGAGGCUCGGCACCUCCAAGGACUGGCAGCCACACAGCGUGAUCCAGAGACGCCUGGUGGUGGAGGGGAGCCCGGGCCGGCCUCAGGGGGAGCCUCCCCAGGCGCAGGAGAGCAGGACGAUGACCAGCAAGCCCGAGAGGCCAGCGCUUCUGGUCAAUUGCAAGUGCCGGGACCAGGAGCUUCAGGUGGCGGUGGACACGGGCACCCAGUACAAUCAAAUCUCUGCUGGAUGCCUCAGCCGCCUCGGGUUAGGGAAGAGGGUCCUAAAAGCCCCAGGUGGGGACCUGCACCGGGGGCCCCCAGCCCUGGUGGAGCAGCUGGAGCUGCAGCUGGGCCAGGAGACCGUGGAGUGCUCGGCUCAGGUGGUAGGUAAGGCGAUGCUCACACUGGUACCACACCCUGGCCUGAACUGGGGCCCAGGAAAAAGAGUGCUGCAUCGACCUGGAGCAUCAUGUGCUGCGGCUGAAAGCCCCGUUCUCGGAGUUGCCCUUCCUGCCUUUGUACCAAGAGCCCGGCCAGUGACGAUGGCAGCCCCGGACGGUCCCCAGGGGAAAACUCCCUGCCUCAGGAGGCGAAGCCCUGGGGGAUGGGGCAUGACUAGAGCUGGGUAGCUGGGGACUGUCCCGCCUGUCACCACCCUGACCCCGCCGUCCCGUCUCCCUGGCUGGCGGCCAUGCUCCUCUGCUUCUCAGCACCUGCCCUGCCCCCCAAGAAAAGCUUUUCCUAGAAAGGGCCCGAGACCUCAGGGUUCUGGUUUCCCUGUCCUCCCUUAUCCCCUCCCAAGAACAGAGCCGCAUCAGGACUGCAGAAAAGGACAUCAGCAAAGCGGGGCUCCAUGCUGGGCCCUGGCGCAGCCAGGGUGCCCCAAGUCCGGGGCUGCAAACUGCUGCCUAUCCCUGCCUGCCCUGUCCACCCUGAACACCCCCGAGGCCUUGACUCCACAUUGCUCACCUCACAACUAGCCUGCCCCCUCACCGGCCCUGGGCCCUGGCCCUGCUGGCCCACGUUUCUGACUCUGUGCUCGGCUGAGCAAGAGAGAAACCGUCGUCAUGACGGGGACGUGUCGGGAGAGGAACACCCGGUCCACAAGGCGGUGGGCUCUUUCAUCAGUUGCCUUUUCUGGGGCUACAAACAACUGAAGCCGGUUAUUGUUUUGAUUGCCCCGUGCACACCCUGGAUAUACCUCUAUGACUUACUCCAAACACUUGCCCUCCACCUGCUUUCUCACCUGCUAGGCCCCUGAACUUCAGGUGGGGGGCAUGUGGAGAACUGCCCCCCAAGCCAGACGGGAGGGUGGGAUUGUCAGCACCAACUUUACCUGGCCAGUAUUCCUUACUUCCAGAACUAUCCACCUCAUUCAACCUUCUUCCUGCCCCUCACCUCUGGCCUCCUGAGCUUGAGCUCAUCUUCUCUGGCACUGGUAGCUCUUCCCAACCCCACCCCACCCCAGCCCUGAGUCCAGUAAAGACCCAAGGAGGCUCUGCUACCUUCACUGUGAACAGAGGAUCCCAAACCUUAAGGUCCAGGCGCCUGGUGUCCUUCUGGCUGGUCUGAGUCUCAAAUUUGGGGGAAGAGUAAAACAGUGGUAUAGGUAACCUGACCAGGGGACUAUGCCCCUUGGGUUGGAAACAAAACCCGAGCCCGGACUAAGUUAGAUGAGAGCAGGCCCAGGAAAGGCUGCGCCCCCUGGGCAUACCUUCCUCAGCUAUGUCCCUGGCACCCAGAGGAGGGGCUCCCUGGCACAGGUGCAGGAGUGUGCUGGCCCCUGCUGUCACCCUCCAUGACCCCUGCGCUCCUGGGUCUCACCCUGUUCCUCUCCCUUCCACCUGUUGCUUCUGCCAUUGCAGACCCCAGGCCCAAGAAAGCCCUCAGCUCAGCAGCGACUUUGUUGGAAUAAACACCUGUUUCUCU